CGAGCCCCUCUUGUUCACUGCGAAAAACAACAGGAAACGUUAUAAAUUAGGCAAACCGCUUUCCUGCCUGGGACACUCUACACCAAUCGAUAAAACAGACAUGAAGUUCAUCCUGGGAGUGACCUUUUUGGCAGCAUUGGGCUCGGUUUGCACGGCCCAGUUCAGCCCGUGGUCCGAGGACCCGGAAAGCAGCGUUGCUCUGCGACGUCCCAGACCACCCUACACUGCUGGGCCACCACCCCCAGCAGGGGCUCCCGUUCCACCCCAGAAACCACCCACCGUUCUUGCCACACAGGCACAAGAACAACGCGUCGUUACCUUCCAGAACCGUUCGCUAGAGCGACUGUUCCAACGAUCCUUCCCGGUGGACACCCCGGUCGAGUUCCAGGAUGCCGUUGUCCACCUGUACGUUCGCAGUCAACGUGAGCUGGACCUCUGCGCUGAGUUUCUGUGGGAAACUCAUCUGCUGAAGGAGUACCGACGGUGUGCGUCCGUCACGCAACGUGCCAUCUGGCGCCAGGUACAGGUCUUGAAGGAAGACAUCCGUGCACUGAUGUUGGCCGAUUUCGAAUACGGAGAUUACUAGCGGGAAUGUGGAUACUGGUUCUAUCAUGUGAGGGCAUACAUUAUUUUUUACUUAUACUACUUGAAUAAAUCUGAACUGUUGUAGAAGACUGAAUUAAAUCUGCCACUGACCAUUUUA